GGUGGUGCCACACCCCCGAGAGAGAUAAAGGCGCCGGGUAAGACUUCCUAGUCGUCUCGUCCUGCUCCUCUUACUCCAGCAGCGAAGUCUCUUCACUCUCUCCCGAUUUCUCACCUCACCACACUCUUUCCCGACUGCCAAAUUCUUGUUCACAGCCUUCGACUUCUUUUUUCACAACCUCGCCAGACACCCCACAAUUUCUCAAGAUGAUGCACGUCCUCCCCGUUGUCGCCAGCGCCAUGUCGCUGUUCUCGGCCGUCUCCGGUCUGGCUCUCGCCAAGCUCGACGAUGGGCACAACUUUGAUCUGUUUGCCUACGGAGCUGGCCUUGGCGGCAUCCAGCUGUGCGCCAAGAACGGGGCCGCUUACCUGGUCGACACCUCCAAGGUUGAUCUUGUCAAGGCUGGCGCUGAGCCUGUUCGCUUCACCAAGCAGGGUGACGUUUGGCUGGCGUCGACCAACGGCACCUCAAGCCCCAAGCUCGACAUGGCCCAGCUCUACGUGCCCCGCCCCAACUCCGACUCCAAGGCCAUCGGCUUCCUGCCCCUGAACGCUACCGCCGGCCAGGUCGACGAGGCCGAGACCAAGGGCUUCAGCUUCUACGGCAAGCUCGCGCUGCACAUUGACCAGGCCUCGGGCGCCCUGCAGACGGCCUUCUACGCCCAGUCCACGAACCAGGAGGGAGUCAAGGCCCUCGUCUGGAACGUCACCGACUCCAACGGCGCCCAGAACGCCCAGAUCGAGCUCAGGUCCACCCCGCCCUCCAAUGACACCGCCCCCGCUCCCCCGGCGACCCCCGCACCUUUGUAAACAGAAAGAAGCCAAGCAGGAGACGACCUUGUUUCCUUUCCGUCUGCAGUGUCCCCCGGCGACUUCUAGAGGCUCUUGGAGCAAUCGAACCAGAUUUGUCAUGUGGUUUUUUCUUUUGGAUGUAUCCCUUUAGAUAGCCCAUCCUUGUACGAGGUGACGAAUCAAGUCAAGAAUACGUGGUGCAUUUACUACGCCGCCCUGCGA